CAAAACAUUCUGUUGCAUAUAAACUCCCUCGAUCUCCGAUUCUUCUCCUCAAACUCAUCAAAGAUUCACCGAAUUUCUUCUGUUUCUUCACAACAUCAAUGGGCAACUACGUUUCUUGCUCCCUAAGCAAGACAUCCUCCUCCUCCUCGUCGGCCAAAGUGAUUCUCCCGGACGGCGAAGUGCGUGACGUCUACGCGCCGAUGAAGGCGGCGGAGAUCAUGAUGGAGACGCCGAACCACUUCCUCGUCGACGCCAAGUCUCUCAAGAUCGGCCGUAAGCUCAGCCCUCUGCCGGCGGACGAGGACCUCGACCUCCGCGGCGGCUGCCACGUCUACAUCGCUUUCCCGAUGAGCCGCGCUUCGUCGGCGGCCAACGCCUCCGACAAGGCGCGUAUGUUCCUCGCCGCGGGGAAGAAGCGCCGGAGGGGAGGCCCCAACGGAGGGAGAGUGUCUCCCGGCGGGGAGGGUGAUGACGUCAGGCUGAUAUCACCGAAGCUGAAGUUGGAAGACAUCGAGGAGUUCUCGGCGGCUGAGUUCAUGCAUCGGAUCUCCGUGUCUAAGUCGAAGAAGCCACAGUUAGAGACAAUCGCAGAGGAAUCUGUUUCGUCCACGUGAUUGAAUCGAAAAAACAAAACUUUUUUUAUUCUCUAUAUGGUCAUGUUAGUCGGACCAAAGGUCUGUAUACCAUCGCUGUUUCAAAAAAAAAAAAGGUUGCUUUAUUUUUUUUCUCUUAUGAAGUAGCUCUCUGUUGUGGUUUUAAUGUACAGAGGGAGAUGGUGGUGGAGAAUUUUAA